CAUGAUUAUGACAUUGGUUAUCAGAGAAAGAAGACAUAGGCAAGCUCUAAGGCUUUCCUUACCAAAACCUCAAAUUCCAUCUUCUUCUCAUAAUUUUCCUAACCAAACACAAAUGCCAUCAUUGAUUUUAUCACCAUCUUCUCAUGGAAUUAGAAGCCUCUCAGACCUUGAAAAAGUAGCAGUACUAGGCCAUGGAAAUGGUGGAAUAGUCUACAAAGUUCAUCAUAAGAAGAAUAAUUCGUUUUAUGCAUUGAAAGUUUUAAACUUUGAUCAAAAUGGUAUUGGAUUUCGACAACCACCAACACUAGAAGCUGAGAUUCUCAAAAGGGUUGUUGAUUCACCUUAUAUUGUAAAGUGUCAUGCAGUUUUUCACAAUCAUGCGUAUGUAACACCGACACUUCAGACUAAAGGUGUGUCUGGUGACCUUAGUUUUGUUAUGGAAUAUAUGGAAGGAGGAUCAUUGCAUGAUAUCUUGCAACAGCAUCAUAGGCUUCCUGAGGAAGUGAUUUGUGUUUUGGCUAAGAGUGUUUUGGAAGGGCUUAACUAUUUGCAUGGUAUGAACAUUGUUCAUAGAGAUAUUAAACCUUCAAAUUUGCUUGUGAAUGAAAAAGGGGAGGUGAAAAUAGCAGAUUUUGGUGUUAGUCAUGUAGUGGAAGGUAGAUUUGAAGCAAAUGAUAUGAAUGCAGGUACAUGUGCAUAUAUGAGUCCAGAAAGAUUUGAUCUUGAAAAAUGGGGUGGUGAAAAUGUUGAUGAAUUUGUUGGUGAUGUUUGGUCAUUAGGUGUUGUAAUGUUGGAAUGUCUUUUAGGUCAUUUUCCUUUGAUUGGUCCUCAACAGAGACCUGAUUGGGCUACUUUGAUGUGUGCAAUUUGUUUUGGUGAGAGGCUUGAGAUGCCAGAGAAAGCUUCAGAAGAGUUUCAAAGUUUUGUUAGGAGGUGUCUUGAGAAGGAUUGGAGAAAGAGAGGAACUGUUUUGGAGCUUCUGAAGCACCCUUUUGUGGAAAGAAACUUAUGUUGUUCUAACAAAGGGAUGGGGGACUAUGUGCUUUGUAGGUGAAGUUCACUAGAUUUUGAUGAGUUUUUUUUGUUCUUGUUUUCCAAAAUUUGAUUUGAGGUUUUUAAGUUAGAACACUUCAGCUUUUAUUA